AUUGUUUUCUUCUCCCAAAGAAAUAUUUUUUUAGGUCAUUAUGCUGCCGCGGUGCGAAAUGUUUAAGGUGAUUUUCGUACCUCGUAUUAUAGCAUUAAAUGAAAGUAUUGUUCCAAUAGGAAGAAAACACAAGCAAUUCCCCACAGCAGUAGUUUGGCAUGAAGCCAUAUCGGGACGAUCCAAAGAAGACAUUAUUAGUGCCUUCUAUGCUUUUUUUCUGGAUAACAGAGACGUGGAAAAUGUUAUUUUGUGGUUGGACAACUGUGCAGCCCAAAAUAAAAACUGGGCUUUCUUUAGUUUCUGUGUGUAUCUGGUAAAUUCUUCUGACGUCGCUUUAAAAUCUUUAUCUCUAAAAUUUUUUGAACCGGAACAUACAUUUAUGUCGGCAGACUCAUUUCACCACCAGGUAGAAAAGUCCCUAAAGCAAAUGAAAAAGGUGUUUGAUUUCGAAGAUUAUAAAGAUGCUGUUCAAAAAGCUAACUCGUCCAAAGUGAAAUUAAUUGAAAUGAAAAUUAACAAUUUUUUCAACUGGGAAGACAAAAGUUCUCAGUAUAAAUUCAGCAGAAUAAAUCCUCGGCCAUAUUUAAACAAUAUGGUUCAGGUUGAUUUUGAAAGAGGAAAUCAGUUAUUGUCGUAAAAAUGCACAUUUAAUGAACAAGAGGCUAUAGUAUUGAAUUUUUUAGUAGCAAAGCACCAAAAGAAUGGUUUGGAAAAGCCUAAAAGCAAGAUCGACUAUCGCGGCAUAAGUCAAAAUAGGAAGGACACUCUUAUAAACCGACUUCGUGGAAUUAUUCCCAUUACCAUAAUGAACUUUUGGAAUGAUUUGCCGGUAUCCGAAAAUCCUGUAACUGAAGAUGAAUAAAUUACUAAUCAUAAUCAAAAUUUCAGUUGACAUAAUAUUGCUCUGUAUUUAUUGGAUAUAAGUUAGAGUUUUCAUUUUAGUUACAAAUACAAAUUAUAAUAAUGUUUUUUAGUUAUGUAAAACGUUGUUUAAGUUAAACAGUAUAGUUUACUAGUAAGUUACAGCUCAGCGUCUCAUGAGCAUUAAAUAUAUUUUUUUGUAAAACAUUUAUAUGAAAAAAUUGAAGUUAUAAUAUACAUUUUAACCUUUGUUAAGUGUAGUUUUUCUAUAGAGAUGGUCACUUACGAUUUGUUAAACUAAUCAUCAUUACUAUUUUAGUUGCUGAUUGUUAGGCAAAUUUGUCGUAACUAACAAAAACAUGUUUUAAACGCUUAGAUUGUAAAAAACAAGUUUGUAUUUAAAUUCUACGUUAAAAAAUGUAUACAUUAAGGUUAUUACAAUUUAAAUCAUAUUAGUACUUAGGAUGGCAGAAAGACAAGAGGUUUUUCCUUAAAAUAUUUAAAUAUGGAGAUACGACUCUUAUGCUUAACAGGGCAGUACUCACAAAGCAUUCAUUUGCGGCUGAAAACCCUAUUGAAUAUUUUAAAAGGCUCUUGUCAAAUCAGUCUACUUAGGCUUCCACUUUUAAAAAACUUUCAUCUAUGUCGGAUAAAGCACAAGAAGCCAGUUAGGCUGUGGCCGAGUUGAUUGCAAAAAUAUGAAAUCCCAUACAACUGCCGAGACGACUAUUUUGCCAGCACCCUGUGAAAUUGUUAUAAUAAUGUUUGGUGAAGAAUGCGAAGAGGUUAAAAAAAUACCAUUAUCUAUUAGGUUAGCAGCUAACAUAAUGAUUAUUAUAAAUAAAUCUAGUUUACACUUAAUUUCACUUUGUCAUAACACGUUGAUAUUACCCAUGGUAAGUUAAACUUCAUAGGGCAAAGAAUCGGAUAAAGGAUGGCGAUAAGAAUCCAUCAUAUGAGUGUUGGUAUAUGGUAUACAGAAAAAAAGAAUGAGCAACACUGUGUGACCUUUUCUGUACAAUCAUAACCAAUCUUUGGUACUGCCUGACAUAUUAUGAGAUAACUUUUUCUUCUCUCGAUUUAGACGACAAAGUGUGUUGUUGAUACAGUUCCAAUUUCUUUUGUUUUAUAAUAAUCAUAAAUUGACUUUUCAAAUUUGAAGUCAAUACUAACGUAAUGAUUAUUAUAAAUAAACUUCAUAAUAUAUGUACUACUUCAACUGUUCUU